UCCAUGAAAUAUCUGGAAAAACGCAAUAUUCCUACAACUUUACAGUCUUCCAUAUAUUCCAAUACGAUAUGUUCUUUCUACUUUUUUUAUAUAUGUAACUUUUAAACUAUAAGAUCACUCUUAUACUUCUGUCUAAACAUCAACUUUGCAUCCAUUUUUCACCACCUUAAUUCGAUGGCUAGCAUGAAGCUUGAGGUUGUAUCAGAAGACCAAUCUCUACGUAAAUGGUGUGUUCCUUUGAGAGAAGACAUAUUUGCUACAUUUAUGGCAAAAGGAAGUCCAAUCAUGCAUAAGGUUUUUGGUGAUAAAUCAUUGUUUGGACCAUUAUUGUUUACAAAAUUCUUUGAUCCAUCGGAUGCGUUUCCACUAUGGGAAUUUGAACCAGGUGUGUUGUUGUCUAAUCUUCAGAACCCAUGUGUGGAUUGGCUUCAAACAGACUCAUGUUAUGUUCUUAAAUCCGAACUACCAAAAAUAGAAAAAAGCAGUGUUCGAAUUUGUGUUGAGAAUGGAAAGGUGAUGGAGAUUAGUGGGGUGUGGAAGAACAAAGGAGAAUCAUCAAGAACAGACUGGAGGAGUGGCGAAUGGUGGGAGCAUGGCUUUGUGCGGCGGUUGGAGUUGCCGGAAAAUACAGACUGGAAGAAGACGGAGGCGUAUGUGUAUAAUGAUACAGUUUUGGACAUUAGACUUCCGAAGACGCCAUCAAUGGAGUACUGUACUGAGGGUGUGAUCAAAGAAUCUUCAUCUGGGUAGUCCUUGGUUUUGCUUUCGUAAUUAAACACACUGAUUAUAUAUACACAAAUCACUGCACAUUUUGCCAUGAAAAGAACAAUAAAACCACUUGAAUUAUUGAAUCUU